UAAGCUGCUGGUUGUUUUCACUUCGUGUGUCCACUCUGUAUUAUCCAGUAAAGCAAGCGGGAGAAAGAAGGCCAAAAACUGGUAAGAGAAGCAGGAAUAACUACCAGAUGUACACAUAGACAUUGAAACCAACCCCAUGUUUAAGGAAGGGCUCAGCAGUGCCUGGGAGCCCAGGGAGCCACUGUCUGAGUCCCUUGGGGUGAACGCCGAGAAACCAGGGACUAUGAAUGCGACAAAGGGAGGCCUGGUCAUUUUCACGGCCAACUCCAACCCAUCCAGCAGAGAGCUGGGUAAAAGGAUUGCAGAACGGUUGGGUGUGGAGCUUGGCAAGGUGCAAGUCUAUCAGGAGGCAAACAGAGAGACACGGGUUCAAAUCCAAGAGUCUGUGCGUGGUAAAGAUGUCUUCAUCAUCCAGACUGUAUCCAAGGAUGUUAAUACGACCAUCAUGGAACUGCUCAUUAUGGUGUACGCCUGCAGGACCUCGUGUGCACGGAACAUUAUCGGAGUCAUUCCCUACUUCCCUUACAGUAAACAGUGCAAAAUGAGGAAAAGAGGCUCCAUCGUCUCCAAACUGCUGGCCUCCAUGAUGUGUAAAGCAGGUUUGACUCAUCUCAUCACUAUGGAUUUGCACCAGAAGGAAAUCCAAGGCUUCUUUAACAUUCCAGUAGACAACCUGCGAGCGUCUCCGUUCCUGCUACAGUACAUUCAGGAAGAGAUCCCUGACUAUAGAAACGCAGUAAUCGUGGCCAAAUCUCCAGCAUCAGCUAAAAGGGCGCAGUCGUUUGCUGAAAGGCUGCGGCUGGGCCUUGCCGUGAUCCACGGCGAAGCGCAGGACGCCGAUUCCGAUCUUGUGGAUGGACGACACUCUCCGCCUACCGUCAAAAACAUCGGUGCGAUCCAUCCCAGUCUGGAGAUACCUUUACUCAUCCCAAAAGAAAAGCCUCCUAUAACCGUAGUGGGAGACGUAGGAGGUCGGAUCGCCAUCAUCGUGGAUGAUAUUAUUGACGAUGUAGACAGUUUCCUGGCAGCAGCUGACACGCUGAAGGAGCGAGGUGCUUAUAAAAUCUUUGUCAUGGCCACUCAUGGAAUCCUGUCCUCUGACGCACCACGUCUGAUAGAAGAGUCUGCCAUCGAUGAGGUGGUUGUCACAAACACCAUUCCACACGAGAUCCAGAAACUGCAGUGUCCCAAGAUCAAGACGGUCGACAUCAGCAUGAUCCUGUCCGAGGCAAUUCGUCGCAUUCACAACGGAGAGUCGAUGUCUUACCUGUUUCGCAACAUAGGCAUGGAUGAUUGAGAUUUGUCACGUCCUGUUUCAUCACUGCCACUUGCGUAAUGUUCCCAAAAGUUUGUUUUUUUCCUCUCUCAUAUUACACAGAUAUUGUGGCCAAAACUUUUUUUCCCUCUGUUAUAUUGUGCUUAAAGGCCAUUACACAUUUUUUUUUUUUUUUUGGCUUUUUUAAAUUUAUUUUUAUUGCUUUGUGCAAAUUACUACUAAUUACUGCAGUGUGGUUUUCAGAUAAGUUUGAAAGAAGGUGAGUUCUGGGAAAAACCCUUCACAGCUAUUUUUGCUAAUUUGUAAUUAUUUAAGAAAAAAAAAACACUGGCUGUUUUUUUUUGUUUUUUUUGUUUUGUUUUUUUUGAUGUUUAAAUUGAAUGCCAAUUUGUACUUCACGGAUGCUACCGUUGAACUGAUACUAAUUAAAAUGGCUAAUCAGGGUUCAAGUGCUCUGUUGUAUCGGAUAAAUAUUAACAGACAUUUUAUUUAUUUACACUCUCGGGAAGGAAGAAUUCUUUAACAUGGCCAACCAAUAACGAAUUAUCAACACAGUCAUCAUCUCUUAGCACUCUGCCAUAUAAUCGUACCAGUCUUUGCCUCACGACUUGUGUAAUCACUGUGCUACUGGAUAGUUAACUGUGUUAUUUAUUCGGAAGUUCUUGGAAUCUCUAAUGCGCAAAUAAAUUAGAAUUUUUUUGACAGGCCUUUAAUUAACGGACAGAAUCCGAUAGUUGCUCGAACUCGAAGUAGAUUAUUAAAUAGAAAUAUUUUUCAUGUUACGAUGUUCAGCUUCAGCAGAUUAAAGCUUAUUUGCUUUACUAGUUAUGGGUCCAUGUAAGCGAUCUUGCUUCAAAACUGUUUUCAAGUUUGCUUGACUUUUGACUUUUCCAGUCAGUCUGUUGCAGGGGCUUUUUGUUAUUGUACUAAUCCGUCAGGCUGUCACAUUUCCUCACAGCACUCGAUGAUGAUGAUGAUACAAUAAAUAAAUAAAUUAAUAUAAAUGCUA